AUGGCAGCAGAACGGCAAGGGAAGGGGAUACGGAAGCGAGAAGGAAAAGAAUUGACAGAGGAGGACAAAAUAGCUAUCCGGAGGUCCUUUGAGUCCCUAGACAAGGACAGCAACGGUCGACUUUGUCCGGAGGAAAUCUAUAAAGGCGUACAAGUCCUUGGCUUCAAUCCUACCUGGUCGGAAGCUGUUGAAAUGAUUAGUGAUAUUGACGAAAAUGGAAAUGGUCGUAUUGAAUACGAGGAAUAUGAAAAUAUGAUGAGAAAACGCCUUUCUGCUAUGGAGUAUGAAAAACAGUUACUUCGAGGUUCUUUUAAAAAGUUUGACAAAGAUGGCGACGGUACUAUAAGUCCAGAAGAACUCCAAAAGGCUCUUUGUAAAACUGGUGAUAAGAUGGAUAUAGCUGAUGUAAACGAAAUGUUCCUUUUGGCAGACCGCAACAGUGACGGCAAACUGAAUUACGAAGAAUUCGUCGAGAUGUUUCAAGAACAGUUUUGA